GUUUUCUUCGUUAUUGAUGCGACUGCCUGAAAGUGGAUGCAAGUUGUACAUGUAUGCAUAUGGGAAUUUUUAACAUGCAGGAAGAAAUAGAGAAAGCAAAAGCUUUUCUUUUGAAAACAAGUUCAGUGUCAAACAAAAAUCUGUAAGUUUCUGAGUGUUUGUUAUUUCAAUAGAGCUAAAAUGAGCCUUUUGCUGUUGCUUAUGAGUCGUGGUUGUAGUUGAUUGUUGUUUUCUUAUAACCAGAUAUGAUCAUUUAAGUGAGGUACUGAGCAAAAUUUUAGACGAAAGACCUAAUCAUUGUGUCGGUAAGUUGGUUUCAAAAUCAAAGCAAGCAAAGGUAGAAUGCAUUUGAGUACGUUAUUUCUAGCGAAACUGGAUGUAUUAAAUAUGAAAAACAUUUUAAUAUGCUCAAUUAGCUUAUUUUAGCUUUUUGGGCAAGCCAUGUAAACCGUUGCCCUGAUAAUUUGUUCUGUUAAUAAUAUUAGUACCCUAUUUGUUCCAAAAUAGAUGUAUUUGAAGACAUUAGCAAAAGUAUAAAACAAGAAAAGAAAGAAGAGUCAGAGGUAAUGUUUGCCUUAAACGUGAGGGUCAUAUUUUAAAUUUUUUUUUCCAGCAGCACCCAGUCUUCCCCCCCCCGGCCUGAGCCCAGGGCAUAAGCAUUUUUGGGGGGGCAGCCCGUGAGGGCAACGCCCAAUCAGAAAAUGGAGGCCAAUAACGAUCCUGUCGCAGAUCAUUUCAUCCCAGAACAUACCAAAUUUGCAUGAUGACGCUUGUUUUCUUAGUCUAUUCACAAAUUCAUCGAUCUCUUCAUCUGGGCCUUGAGUCGAUGAGUUGAAUAGAUAUCUUUCGUAAACCACACUGGUUUUCGGCUUAAAAUAGGCUUCCAAAGCUGCUAGGCUUAAGCAAUUACGCUUGUGGACUUAAGAUUUAAAAAUAUCUGCAGACAAUCUUUUCCCAUUACGGAUCGUAGCGUUGCUAAUCGUAUUGCCUCAGGUUGCUUGUCAAGGCCAGUGGCGAGCUCGUAGUCCUCCCACUGUUGUCUGAAGAACUCCCAAUUAUUUAUUCAGUCGCCAGAGACUUUCAUGAGAGCCGGUACUGGGAAAUUGGACGUGAAGCUUAGAGCAGUAGGAAUGGGGGGCGUUGUUGCUGAUUGGCUGUCUGUUGGCAUUUCUCCUCAUUUGCCUGGAGGUUUCGGGAUUGUUUUCUGUCUUCCUAGACUGACUUUUGUUUGUGCAGUUCCGUGGUAGAACUCGCGUCGUGAUCACAGCGUUUGCUGCUGCAAGAAUCGCGAUUUACUUCUUGACACCAUGUUGUACUUCUAGCAGUAAUCACACCAUUUUAUGAGAGAGCAAUCGUAGUUUUACUUGAUUGACACUUAAUACUUAAACAUGUCAUGCAACAUGUAAUAUAGUGGACGUUUUCAGUGAUGUUUCCUUGGUACCUAUCAUAGUCUCUAUAUUUAAGCCGCUUUGUAUUGCCUUCAAUUGUGGAUGAUUCCUUGAAAUUACCUGUACUGCGUAAUUGCGUAGCCAUCAUUGAAAAUUUUCACUUAACAUUAAACAAUUAUUGCUUUUUUCAUACUACUGUUGAGUACAUGAAGUUAAUGUUGCACUUGUUGCCGGAAGGGGCAAGCUCAGGUAUCCAACAGUAAACGUUAUAAUAUUUUUCCAGUCUAAAAACGGAAAUACUGAAAUCUGACUUUCAUUACUCCUAGACCUUAGAUGUCGGCAUAUGACCUUAAAAUUGGGUCACAAGGCAGUGUACGAUGUAUAGAGGCAGGUGGCGAACUCUCUAACUAUGGUAGCUGAGUCAAAACUUGCUGAGCAGUUUAGCUAUAAGACUAGUUCUACUACCUUGAAAAUUUUUCUUAAAAUCUUCUCUAGACACAGCUACCCUUAACUGACUGGAGACCGCCCCUCCCCCCUCAACACAAACAUCUUGUAAAAUGUUACUUUUUAAACAGAUUAACACAAAGCCUUUAAUUGAUUCACGAGUUGUCUCAUAGAGCCCUUUGAUUUUGCCUUGAUGGCAAAUUGUCGCUGGAAUCGAAUGAUGCAUUAAAUAUAUGAGUAUGAUGUGUAAAAGCUUAGUGACUAUUUUUCUUACACACUGCGUUUCCAUUGCCUUUGUAUCAGGGUUGACCCAUUGGGUUUAUGGCAUAUUAUCAUUAUAUUAGCGGCUGAAAAAAAAAUUAUUCCCAGACCUGUCAUUAAGGUUUAAAGCAGCUGGUUUCUCAGGGAAAGUUACUGGUCAUUUAUCCCCCAAAGCCUUACUUGUUAUUUGUGACUCAUUUUGAAACUGAGAGUACAGGCUCAUUUUACUGUAGUAGCUGGUUAAAAAAGCUGGAUUCUAGCUACCAAUGACAGUCUUGGAUACCCCAGUUUUUGCUUGAUAUACCCCUAAAACUGGAAGAAGCAAGUAGAUGAAAGAUACCAUUUAAUUAGCCUGAAAGGGAUGAUCAAGAGGGUGGUGGGAUGCUCAUUAUCUCAUUAAAGGAUGUAAAUUUUAGAUUUGAUUCACUCUUAGGGUGUUCAGGAAGAAAUGUGGAAUUUUACGGGCUGCUCUUGUCUCCUGCAAUCCUAAUCUCCAGGUUGUUAUUACUAAUGUGUAGCCAGCAUUCGUUUGGACUUCCACUAAGAAUGAAUGGAAAGAAAGCACUUCGAUCAUGCAUGUUUCAACCUUCUAGCCCUCGUAAUUUGAUCAUGCACGUUUUGAUGAUCUGUCACAGCAAUGGAGCAAAAGCAUUUUGACUUUCGAUCAUUGUCGCCCACGCUCUGUAACCUUUGGUUAGGGUUAGGGUUAGGGUAAGGGUUGUAUUACUAGUUGUAAGCAUCUGCUGGUUUUGAUGAGAGCUGUGAAUAGGGAAAUAAAGAAAGCCAAUGAAGGAAAAGCGAAGUGGAAAGCAAUAAUUAGCAACCCUCUAUAUUACAGUAAUAAUUACUGUAAUAUAAAGGGUUAAUUACAGUCUUACCUAGUUAUAGUGAGGACAGGAGUAAGUAGCUCUUUGUAGGAACAGUAUUGCGAGCCCUAGGAUUUCACGAUAACGAUAGUGUCUGGUAGCGUGUCAUUACAGUGGUCUUAUAAACAUUGAAAACAUUUAAGAGGUGGGUUCCCAUGUGUUUUCACUAAGCCAAAAAAUUGUUACAAAUGGUUUCCCACAAUCUCUGGGCAGGGAAACAAAAAAUUGUUUUCUGUAGGAAUUGAAACCUUGAAACCCUAGGCCUUGCAUUGUAGGGAGGUGAAGCUAAGAUGGAAUGAGUCUGCUGGAAACCAUUUGCCAUUGCAGAGAAAUCGGGGGUUCAACUGUACUACCCCCUACUCCCGUAAACCCUAACUGAUGUUUAAAAGCAACCUUACAUAAAGCAUUAGAACGCUGACCUCUCAGAUGAGCUGCAACUAGAAGUUUUGAAUUAUUGUAUGUUUGCUUUCAAAUUACAGGAUUUCAGAGAAGACCCAGAAAGCAAAGCAGUUGCUGAAGUACACCAGAAGCUAUUUGAGGUGAGGCCAUUCUUGGUCCAGUGCAGCUAUGGGUUAUUACUAUACAUUGAACUCAGUAUCUUUUUUCUGAUUUGCUGAAAGUGUACAGUGAAUUUUCGAAAUCAGCGCCUGGGACAUCAUCUAGCUGCAGAUUAUACAAUAAUCAUGUAGAAGACACUCAAGACGAGGUCACGGGUAAUCAUGUAAUGUAUGACUGUGGUGCAUGAUUUCUAUUAAAGGCUAAUCAUGUCAAGUUUGUGCGCUUUGUGUUGCUUACCGUCAGUGCAUGAAGAAGCAAAAACAUGACUUCCAGGUUUGCUUCAUUGACUGAGUAAGACAUCGAAAAAGUAGUUGAAGACAAGGACUCACAAACACAUAAAGGUCGACGACGGUGGCGAAGGAGCUGUUUGCUGAUUACGUGAAAGAAAAAAAAACUGAGAGAACUUGAGGAAAAGAAAGAGUUGGCACAAACUUUGAAAACAUUUUAUGUUGAAGCGAGAAAGAAAGGAUUUGUUCAAUGUAUAAUAAAACAAUAUUAUUAGAUUUGGUUUUUGUGAAAUCCAAAAUAAUCAAGGUCUCAGUAAGGGUUAUCAGCCUCAGCCGAUAACCCCUACCUCGACCUCAAUUAUUCUGGAUAUCACGAAAACCUCAUCCAAUAAUUAACUAAAUUAAUCAUUUAUUAUUAAUUAAUAAUUAAUGAUUAAUUUAUUUAAUGGCACUUUCAUACAAAUCAAGAGUAACUUCAAAUUAAAUCAGGCCAUUUAUUUUAUAAAAUAUGUAUAAAUUGUCUAAUGUUGUUACCAGGAAUCUGAUUUUAAUAUUACAAUAUUGCUGGAGUAGAUCAUUUUAUUCUCAACAACACUGCUGAUCUUGCAACUAAGAUGAUAUUAUGUAAAUCACAUAUUGUAACCUUGAGUGGUCUUGCUUGCAGGCUAACUGAAAUGCUACUGCAACAUGUCCAUCUUUUUUUACCAUAAUAACCUUGAGUAUUUUAUGAAGUUUUGAGCUGUAGUUAGAAUCAAAAUGGCUGCCAGUGCUGAUUGGCUAGACUUUGAAACGUGUAAUAUAUUAUUAUUAAUUUGUUUAAACGCUUUGUAAAAAUUCUUUUCUAACAUGUAUAGAAAGAUGGAGAUGCAGAGGGAGGUGAACCAGAAGCUGAAGAAGAUGUUGAGACACCUCUUCCUGAUCUCAUGAAUUUAACUUUCUACUUUGAACAAGCUGGAAUUGGACUGAGCCGUGAAGAAAUGUUUAGAAUAUUCCUUGCCCUGAAGCAGCUUGUGGAUACUAAACCACUACAAAUGGUUCGCUUUUGGGGUAGGGAUACUUUCUUUUUAAUAACACCAUACCGGUAUAAUAUGAUAUCUUUGCUGUUAACUCUGAAUUUAGCAUAUGCCAAGCUAAUGAAAUACAACAUUCUCUAAAAUGGGAGGGGACUGGGGCACGGUGUUAAAGGUAAAACAUUGAAGAGAAAAGUUUGAAGCUAAAUUGGGAUUAUCCCCAACCUACCAUCAACUCAAAAUAUCCUUAAAGAGAAGAUGUUUUUGGUCUUUUGCAGGCAAGGUUUUUGGAAUUGAGACCAACUAUUAUAUAGCAGAAGUAGAAUACCGUGAGGGUGAAGAGGAAGAAGAUGAAGAAGAUGAAGAGGUGAGUUGUCAGCUUCAAAAUGUAAGCUAUUAUAAAAUCACGUACCAUCAAGAUCACCAUCAAGGUUCUCCAUUGCUGCUGCUAAGAGGUCUGUUUUGUGGUGUCAUUAGCAGGCAGAUGGUGAAGGUGAUGAUCAGCCAAAGGAUGAAGACAAAGGUGAUGAAGGUUAGUUUGGAGUUGGUUAAUUUAAUUUACUAAGUUCAAAUCUACGUCAUACAUGUAUUGUUACCUGUUUUUUUUUUCUUCUGCUUGUUGAAGUAUCUGUGUGACAGUCCAGUCAACAUGUUCAAAAUGUCUCUUAGACAUUGAUCAUCAUUUCAAAACUGCAGACUUAAUUAGGCUGACCCAAUGAGGUUACACUGUAUGUUAGGACCCUUCUAAUGUAGGAUUUGUUGAGAAAAAUGAAAUUAAAUUUUUAAAAAGAUAGUUACACCUGCCAUAGUUUGUGGCUCAUUAAAAUUUCUUUAUGUUCUAUAGAUGAAGAAGGUGGUGAGGAAGAUGACACUCCCAAGUCAGAAUGGAAACCUCCUCCAGUUAUUCCUAAAGAAGAGAACAGAACUGGCACCAACAAACGAACGUUCUUUGUCACCAAUGAACGUAAGUUUGACGAUUCGGACAUAUUCUUCAUUUUCCUUAGUGUUUCCGUAGUAUUUUUAUACACUCUUUAAUCUUUUAGUGUUAUUAUUUUUAGUUGUCGGUUUGAUGUUAAAUAGUUUAGAGUUCUGCUUGUGUUCAGCUAUAGUUUAUGUCUAUAUUUAUUGAAAUAAUCCAGAAAAGCAUAGUCAUCACUUGGAUAUAAGAAGCAAAAUAAACAAGAAAGUCUUAAAUAAAUUAAAAAAUAAUCAAAUUAAUAUAUCAAUUAAUAUUAAAAUUGUCCAGGCCAGGCCAGCCUUGAUGCCUUUGAGGUUUAGUUGAUUAAUCAAAUGAGGAGGUAGACUGUUCCACAAUUAAGUUUACAAGUUAUGAUUCUUUUCCGAAGUCACUUUUGUGUGAAAAACGGUGCUGUAUACUUGUCUUAGACAGCCGUAAUUUUAUUGUUCUGUACAUAAUAAUUUUAUGAACUACCCAUCUGAAAUAGCUUUGCUAGAAGCGAUAAUACAUGUACAGUGCUUAUUUCUUUAAUAACUUUAAUGAAUGUACAUGUACAUGUGUAUUAUUCGUCAAAGUUGUGACAAAUCAAAAGGUAGUUAUUUAACUCGCAAAUAAACCUCAGUGUUAAGUCCCCAGUAAAAGUUAACUAGGUUUAUGAAUAACAAUAAAUGAUUGUUAAACUUUUGAUGGAAAGUCUGCCCAGGUUAUUAUUCAACAAUUAAUGAAUUAAGCUGAAUAUCUUAUGAAGAAUUAUGAAGAUCGAGGAGGGUGUUAUACGUCAAGGCCGUAGGCUGAGGUGGAUAACACCAUCCGAGAUCUCCAUAAUUCUUCAUAUGAUUCGAAAGCCGAAUUCAAUAAUUGUUUUGUUAUUCAUUCAAAAUAAUUCCUAGUUUAAAAACGUAGCUAAAACGUGCUUACCUCCAUCGUUGUUAAGUUCAUCGUCGAUAGUGGACGUUUAGGGUUGUUGAGCUCCGCAAACAUUCUCCAAAUAGCAGACGUCGCCCUUCGAGUUGUCGUCUUGCUGUUCUUGACAUGUUUUUAGCUAUUAUUUCGCCUAGUUCUUACUCUUGAAACGAGUGAAAUGUCCGCCAUUUUGUUUUCACACAAAACAACUCAACCUCGUCCCCAGGUCUUCUCGGUUAACGGUGCAUUAACCCGCAAGAAAGCAGCACUUUUGACGUCAUCGGUGCAUUAACCGUAAAAUUCUUCCAAAUUUGGUCAUCAGUAGCUGGUUAUGGUGAAUUAUGCGUGUGCUUUUAGCAUGUUUAGCCAAUCAGAAUCUGAGAAGUAUUUUGAAUGAAUAAUAAAAGUAUUUAAACUUUUGAUACUGAUCUGCCCUCAUUAAAAAAAAUUAAUAUUCAUGUGAAGCUGUUUUGGCCUUGACAGUGGCGCAGAUUUACGCCCCCACACAGAUCUGCUGCUCCUUAAUUUUACCUAAAACGUACAGUUUGUUGUUGUUAUUAAAUGACUGUGUCAUACUUCCUUCUUCCUUGGUGACAAAAAUUAAGUUUAAGAGGAGGAAAGCUUUAAUUAGUAAACUGGUCCUUAAAUGUUCAAAACUGAUCAUGUCCUAUUUGUUCAUAGCUGGUAAACCUUGGGUUAAGCUCCCUGCUGUCACUCCAGCACAAAUAGUAGCUGCAAGAUGUAUCAAGAAGUUUUUUACGGGACGACUGGAUGCACCAGUAAGAUAAAUAAGCAGUAUUACUUGUACAUGUGUGAGAGUUAGCAGUAAUCAAUAAGAUGCUACAAAGAUUAUAAAUAAAACCCAGACGAACAGUACUAUAUUUGAUAAACCGCAUGAGAUAAACUCCAUGAAAGCGUACAUUAUUUUUUAAAUUAACUGCCAGAUUUGAAGCAAAAUCUGAUCUUCUGAGUUUAGUGGAGACACAUGACAUAAUAAAUAAGCAUUUUUUACAAUCACAUACAAAGAAAGCCUGCUCGUAGAAGCAAACAUAAGCUUUUGAGCCAUUACAUUUGAAUACUGUUUUGCUUUUUUUGUAAAAAGCUGCAACAUAAUUCUUCAAACGGCAGUUGCUAGAGAGUCCAGGACUCACUGAACUAGAAGACGGUGAAAAUGGUGUGACUUUAAUACGGAAUUCUUCCCGGUACACAGAUUGUUAGUUAUCCACCAUUUCCUGGCAAUGAAAUGAAUUAUUUGAGGGCGCAGAUUGCAAGGAUCUCUGCUGGUUCUCACAUCAGUCCUGCUGGGUACUUCAUGUUUGAAGAGGAAGAAGAGGAGGAGGAGGAGGGUGAAGGUAAAAUACAAACCACCUCUCAUCACUCAACAUGGUAACCAGUAACUAAUGUUUGGUGUGAUAGAGUGAAAGUUAAACACGGAAAAGAACCUCUUAGGGUCGUUACAAAUCUCCGGCGUCCUUGGUCUUGGGUGGGGGAGACUGCAAGGAGAGAUCCCACCCUCCUCCGCAAAGGCUCUAGCUGGGUAACUCAACAAAAAUAGCAAUAAUCAAACAAUAGCAAGUGGUGCGCACAGAGACCUCGGCGAGUGCGGAUCAAAUGUAUGCACAGGUAACCCAAGCGUCGGCACUAUUGCGCGACCGUCGUAACAUAAGGAAGAUAGAACGAUAUUUUAUAUUAUUGUAGAGGCACAUAAUUUUGACGAGAUUUAGAUAAAAUGAAAACGCCUCACCUUCCUUAGAAGUGCAUCCUCUUUCCCAAGUGGUCUAAGAGGUCUCGGAAAGGAGUUUUAUGGGUUUACUGGAAUCGGUGGUUCAAGUGGUUGAAUUGUCCGUUAAUUCAUACUUCGUAUUUUUAAACUGUAUGAACUACUAGCUAGACGGCGGGGCAAUUCCUUAGCUUAGCAAUAAGAGUACAAAUGAGAACUUAUCGUAGAUGGAAGGAAAUGGAUACUUGUCGAAUGUACAUAAGAUACAGGUACGCAGAUGUAAGUACCGUCACAUGUAAAACGCCAUUUCCACUGUUCGUUUUUUUUUUCUUUACAGUGCGUGAUUCAUACAUGUUGAAUGUUGACUUUGAGGGAGUCAGUGUGAGAGAGCUAGCUGAUCCAUCCCUUCAUAACUGGGUUCAUCAUGUUCAAUAUGUACUGCCUCAGGUAGGAACUGCUGCGGACUGCAGUACAGACUACAGACAGUGGCAUUCACACAAAGCUGCUAUUUCAAACGCUUUCUAAAUUGGUUUCUGGUUUUCUAAUAAGUUAAUUGCCAUUUUAUAGUGAUCUAGACAGCCUACAUUGUCUUUUAGGGUCGCUGUGUUUGGCAUAACCCAGUAGAAAAACCAGAGGAUGAUUUUGAAGAAGAGGAGGAAGAGGAGGAAAAAGAAGAUGUUGAAGAACCAAAACCAGAAUCAGGGCCGCAGUUAUUAACAUCCAUCGCUGAAGACGAAGGUUAUUGAUCAGCUCAUUCCCGUACUUGUUCGUAGCAUUUCCGGCAAAUGUUUUAUUCGGUUUCUUUUGCUGUUUUGUUGUUGCAGCUGUGAAUGGUAUGCCGGCUUGGACACCAGGUGUAUCAUCUGAAUUGUUACCUCAGUACGCCCUCGCUAUCAUGCGAUCCAACAGAUGGCCUGGUGCUGUAGCAUUUGCAAAGGACAGGUGAGUCGAGCUUACAGUGCGGUGCUGACGUUCAUGAAAAACAAAGUCAGACCUGGCAGCUAAUCACGGGAAAGACAAAUACAGUGACGAUGGACUACGCCUCAGGUUUUUCUUAACCUUGCCUGUUGUGCUUUAUUGUUCCUGUUGAAUCGUCUUUAUCCUAGCUAACAUUAACCAUAUAUUUUUACCAGAGAACAGUUAAUAAAGAAAUCGAAAUACAUGUACACCUUAAGAUCGUCAAGUAACAUGCUAAGAAUCCUGCCAAGUUCUACUAACGAUAAAGUAGUUUGUCUCGAUCUCCUGCUUAUGUUUGCAUUGUGUUAAGGGGCAUCAUAAAUAGGUCAGAAACAUUUACAAAUACCGUAUACAUUCGGGACUCAAGAUAUCAGAACCCUUUAGUCUCAGGUGUUAAUAAUUGCAGAUGAACAAUACACAGAAAAUACGCUGAGGUGGUGUUUGUUUCUUUGGUAGAAAAUACGAAAACAUUUAUGUUGGCUGGGGACACAAAUUUGAUGCGGAAAACUACACCCCACCACCACCCCCUGCGGCAAUGGAUGAAUACCCUGUUGUACCAGAAGUAACGGAAGUAGAUGAUCCUACAGUUGAGGAAGAACGGGCACUAAAGAAAGCUCAGGAGGAAGCAAUGGAAGCAGCUGAAGAUAUGGAUGACGUCGAUGAUGAUGAGGAUGAUGAUGACUGAAAUGAUUCUAAAAAGAGUUAAUUUAAAGUUAUAAAACGUUGCUUCUACUCGAAGCUGUUGUAAAAUCCGAACAAGUACACGUAAAUGUGACACUCCUUUCUAGACAGACAGCCAGCAUUAACGACACUUGUAAAUAAAAAAUUAAUUUAACGUGUACAUAAUUCAUUUUUCGCACGCUUGCCUGUAGAGUAAAGCUGUAGUUUUCCAAGUCUUUGAUAGCAUUUUUUGUUUUUGUUCUUUUAUGUUACCUUAAUUGUACACAUAAACGAUGCCAAUUAUAUGCGCUGUUGAUUAUUUUGAGGAACGAGAAAUAAUCGUCCAUAGUUACAGACCCAACCGUUUUGUAUUCAUUUGUGUCAGAUCUAAAAGCCCGGAAGAAACACCAACUACCUUAAGUGUCAACAGCUUUUUUUCAUUUACAAAGAACGUUGACAGAAUGAGGUUUUUACGAAUAUUUUUAAAACCAC